AGAUAUUCAGGAAGCACUUCCCUCUGCUGAACGUAGCAAACUGUUUGAUAUUAGCGCGCCAUAGUGAUAGUGGCGUAAUCGACCAAUGACGUCAGGCAGCGACGCGGCAUUGGCUAUUGGCUGACGUACAUACAGCUGACGUUUGACGUGUGGGGAGGGCAGACGGAUAUACCGGUUCACUCCAUCGUUAUCUCUCCCACUUACAUCACAUCUUUAAAGACGGCUCGACGGACGACAGACGCUCGGAAUCGUGAUAGUCUAUUCCGUGCACGUGUCGCACGUUAAAUUACAGUGUCCGUCGUGCAUGCAGAUUCGCUUUCUUUAUCCGUAACGCCAUGAAAAUUUGGACCUCGGAACAUACCUUCGAUCAUCCCUGGGAGACAGUAGCACAGGCUGCAUGGAGAAAGUAUCCAAAUCCCAUGGUCCCUUCCGUUAUAGGAGCGGACGUAAUCGACAGAAAAGUAGUCGAGGGUGUUCUUCACACUCACAGACUCGUCGUGUCUACCCAAUGGGGGUUUCCUAAAUGGACACAAGCGUUAAUCGGCUACGCGCACUUGUGCUACGCUAGCGAGCGCAGCGAGGUCGAUCCUGUGAACAAACAAAUGAUCCUCAGAACGCAUAAUUUAACCUUUGGUAAUUAUAUCGCUGUGGACGAAGCUGUCAAGUACAUACCUCAUCCAGAUGACCCCAACAAGACACUACUCAGGCAGGAAGCGGUGGUUACUGUCCGGGGGGUACCACUGACCAACUAUAUGGAAGACCUAUUAGCUUCGAAAAUUUCCUUCAAUGCAAAUAAAGGCCGACAAGGGUUGCAAUGGGUGAUCAACAAACUCGAAUCCGAGAUGAAGGAGUUUGCCUGAAAGGCCCGGCCGCCGUCGCGAAACUUCUGAACUGCCGCUAUCAGCACAACAUGAGCGCCGGCGCCGGUGGGGAGCGGCAACUUCUAGAUCGAACGAUUACGCGGAUCAGAAGAACAUUAACGUCCCGAGCUUCGUCAGAAACGAGCAGAUGAUUCGCCGCAGGCCACGUAGAUCGCCUAAUUGAAUUUUGCGGAACUUGUUACUAACCGGUUUGCAGGAACGAACGGCUCCCUUCGAAGGGCAGUUGCCUCCGCAACCGUGUACUGGGGUCCAGAUCUGCAAGGAUUUGUCGAACGAGCGAAAUAACACGACUGAUUUAGAAAAAUGAAAACGUCUAGAUAUAAUUUAGGCAAAAAUGUGCAAUGACUUGACUGUUGAGUAGCAAUCGCAGCGCUUGAAUUUGUACUCGUACAUAUGUCAUUUUCUUAGCCAAUUUACCAUGAAAGCAUCGUGAAUGAAUCUGCUAUAAUCAGUCUUGAUACAAAUCCCCAAAAUUAUUUAUAGGAGAGCUCAAAAAACAAAAACGUGUCUAUAUAUGUAAUAUAUAUUUAUUUUAAUCGUACAAAACCUCAUUAAUAAUUAUUAGAUACAUCUUCCAUACAACCGUAUAUCGUUUUUUUUUGUUACCUGCCCAUAUACCAAAAAAAAACGUGUAUUUAACAUGUCUAUUACAAUUAUUACAAAAAGUUUUCGCUCGGCAAAGCAAGUUGCGCGACAAGCGCGUGUGAAUCUACCAUAGCGCCAACACACGAAUGGGUCCAUUGACCAGCCGAAGGUGAACAAUGCAGACACAGACCUUUGCGAAACUAUGUUCUCCGAAACUAUGUCCGCCGGACUCUCAUCCCUAGAAGAGCCAAAGCUCUUUGUUCCCUUCGAGGAGGCAACUUACAGCGUAUUCCGAGAUCAUUGCGUAGCCUCUUUGAUGCGUCUAAUUUCGCGUCUGAAGAUUGUACCGAUCGCGCGGCCAAUUAAUCUCGUAGUUUACUCCUACACGCUAUGAAAUGAAAAUUUAGCCGUCACAUUGAUUCCUUUCGCAUUAAUUUAGACGAUCUUAUCGGUUUCUCUCUUUUCUGAAAGCAUGUCUUCUGCUCUCUCGAUCGGUGAUUUUUUUAUUUAAAUUUGCCGAUUCGCUUUUAAAUCCCAAUCGCGGAUACAUAAAAGCUUUCUGUGUCGACCGCAAAAGAAGUACAAAACGAAAGUGCGUCCUUUAUAUCAAAAAGUCGAAUGAAAAGAGGAAGAGGAAGUGAUUCAUGUACGGCCCACAAGCCGGGCUCUACACGAGCCGGGAUGCUUUAAUUUAGCAAAGUCAAUAUGUACGUUGAUUUACCUACGAGCUUGGUGGUUCGAUAGGAAAACCAGCAGGCAUCGAGCACCGUGGUGCGUGGGCCACGUACAAAGGAUACUGCUCACUGCUCUGUGAUCGGAAGCUGUCAAUAUUUGUCUGCGUCGGGUAACAGAGAGAGCCAGCAAUGAACCGUAGCGUCAUCAAUUAUCUCUUACAUACCACCAUCAAACGAACCGCGUGUCAAAUUUAUCCUAUCCGUCCUAUGUCGUUUCGAUUCCGCAUCAUCCGAUUGCGCGGUCCAAUCUGAUGACGAUCGUCUAAAAGACGUCGGCCCGCCGACGGAAAUUGUCUCCGGCUGAAAGCAAUAAUGACUCGGCCGAAAUUCCGAUCCGCUCGGCCGGAAAUUGCUGGGAAUGCCGAGUUUGGCCUUCCAAUGGUGAAUCGAUCCCCUGCGCGUACAUCGUGUGCUUCACGCGUGAAAGUACUUGGGCAGCCCGCACAAAGGCUCUCGAAGGGUAGUUAGGAUGGCCAAAUGCUCGGGGGAGAGAGAGAGAGAGAGAAUGGCAUUGAGAUAUUUCGCGAAUGGUGUUGCGAGUACUGUGAUGUGGCACCUUGACCGACGUGUCAAGGUCUUCCGCACGAAGCUACUGGAAAGAUAUUAAUAAAUUAAGUUCCUACGGUUGAUUUUUACUUAUAUACUGCAAUCUUAUGUAUUCGAUUAUAUUGUACAUCAAAAAUGUCGAGAGCAAAAACUGCAUUCUCUUCUUAUGUUCCAUGUUUACAAAUUUGAUUUGGGCCUCUCGCUACUUUGGAUUUCUAAAUUUUCUAUUUCUGCAACAUUUACGAUUUCGAAUAGGCCAGCGCGACGCAGCGCGCGCAAUCGAGAUACACGUGCGUAUUAUAUAUUUAUCUUAUUGUUAGUAUCGCGAUGAAACCGACGAGCUCCUCUCGCCUUAUCCAUAUUUAGAUUACAAUGCUUUACAUUAGAGACGAUACGGACGAAGUGGCAAUACUCGGGGGACGAAAGUCGCUCUCGUGCGCGGUUUUCGGAAGAUCGGAGAGUGUCUCGCUGCUUGCCUCGGAACUCGUGAUUCUGCAAUGAGACUGCAGCGGCGCGCGGAGGAUCCUGAUGCCGACUGUCGUCGUUCUCUCUCUCUCUCGUUCCUACCCCGAGCUUUCGGCGUAUGUAUCCGAGCUCGUAAAAAGGAUUCGCCUUUCAGUCGAAUCCCGUCCUCGAUCUCGUCUCUUUGCUCCCGUUUCCCCCGAGAGAGGGUGAGGUUCGAAGAAUCGUCGAAGGGCUCAUGGUUUACACAUCGUGACGGCGCUCUCUCGUCAAAACCCGUAAAAGCUCUCGGGGACGAUCGACUCUGAGAGCUAGCAAGCGGUCAAGGAGAUCCUCUUUGGCGUUGCCGAUUCACGACCUCGUGAAAAGCCAUCCGCCGCAGUCUCGGCGCUCGUCUUAUUUCCCUCGCUGCGCUCCUUGGCGCCGAUAGCCUCGAGGGGCUGCAAAGCGGUGUCGAUUUUGUUGCAAAUAAUAAAUUCGACCGAAACCCACUCACCCGUCCGUCCACCAUCAUCACCAUUGGCCGGUUGAGUGCGUCCUCCUGAAAAGUUCUAACUGUUUUAUUUCCAGCGGACGUUUUUCAAAGUUUCGAGAACGCACUUUCGCGUGCUCCGAUCGUUUCCGGUUAUGGAACCGGAGAUAGAGGAGAAAAAGUUUUCCAAUCGUAAUAAAUAAAACGCAUUGUGAUACUUAAUUCAGAACGUUCCCGGUAAUGGAAACAGCGUAUUUGAUUUGCGAGAGAGUUCUUUUCGGAAUAGAGCGAACAUUCAUCAUUAAAGUCCAUUCCGUUGUUUCCAUAUUCAGUCGUGUUAUUUUUCAAUUAACUGUGAUAGAGGCAGUAUCGCGAUUUUAGCGUGGAAUUCUUGGUUUUCGCUGAUUAUCUUCUGGCGUUGGUUCCGGCUUGCCUGUCAAGCUGCCAUUUUACUUGCGUCAGUAGAUAAAGAGAAUUGGCCGCAAACUAGCAACCGAUGUUCACAAACUCGGUGUAUUUCUAAACCAACUUCGUCAAUACAUCCCGUUUUAUCCUUUCUGAGAAAGAACUUUUAAUGAGUUCGCGUACACUGUUUAAAGAUUUAAAGUUUUGCGAGCUUCAAAGAGAUCGUGCCAUGCUUUUCUAAAGUAUUACAAGCAGGGUGGAGCAUUAUUACAAUGUACAGAACGUCUGCGAUAUUACAUCGUAAAAAUUGCCUCUGUAUAUUAGUUUCUCUCUUUCUCUUGCUACCUGUUUCCUAUCAAAAAUUCUUCAUCAAAAGAAGAAUGCAUUCUGUGAACUAGGGAAGAGAAGGAGGAAGCCUUUGAAUCUAAUAAGAUUACAAGAAUGCUUUCCGUAUUAAAAAUAAUUUUAAUCAGACUUAUAUAUGCAUAUCGAUAUAUAGUAUCGAUAUAUUUACGUUGAUGCAGCGAAAAUCUAAGGCUGACAGAAGCAAAACUGAAAUUUAAGUAUCUAUUGUAUUGUCCAUCAACGCUUUCCGUAAGUGAUCAUUUCGAGGCACAGCGCAAGCAGCGUUUAUUAAAAUUACAUCCUCAAUUUUACGUUCCGGUCGUUCAAGUCUCCUCACCGUACUCACGAAGAUAAUGGCGCGAGGCGAGUGUAAAUAAUUGCUGAACUUGAUGAGCAUCAGCGAACGGCGGCCAUGAGCAACAAGCGAUCUUCUAGUUAAGCAGUAUACGUAUUUCCCGAGCACUGGUAGCUAGUUGCGGCAAAGUUGAUCGCACGAAAUUGACCAAUGUCAACGUUGUAUCGUCGUGACUACGCGAGUACAUAGUUGUUCACCGUAAAGCAGAUACAUAGAUAAUAACGGGAGACGUUGAGCCGUCGUGGACGACACGGCGCAUACGCUCGCCCUAUUAGCAUACAAUUAUCUUUAUGCUUCUUUUAUGAUUCAUAUUUAGUGCCGGUUUCGUCGCCGCCGCUACCACCACCCCCUGCUGCCGCGUCGGGACCGGCUCAAAGUUAGCAACUUUUACGAUCGCACUUGUUUCGAAACUUAACGUAGCCAGUGCUUGCCUGUUAUCGGGUCCGUCACGAUUCGCUUGCACCCUUGUUAAACGUGCCCCGGAAAGUACUUUCGAGAACAUGCGCUACACGAAAAUUUAUCGCCAUACGUGCGAAUAGUCGACAGAUGCGACACACGUCAAUUAUAUUUGCUUUGUCGCGCACAUCGAAAUUACCGCGACUACAGCGAGUUUCCAGAUCAAACGACGACGAUAAGAUCAGAUAUUGCGUAUCGACAAGUUUUUAUAACACUGUGUAAAAUACCACGAAAUGUAAUAUAAAAGAUAAAAAUAAUUUUUAAUAACAAACUGGAAUAUUU